ACCAAAAAUUGAACUUUGAUAAAAUCAAUCAAGAAGAGGACAUUUAAACAAGAACCGCCCCCGUCCCUUCAUAAGUCACCAAAUAUACCAUUGCUUUUCCAUGGCUGAGAAGCAGCAAACUGAACCCUCUGACAAACAACCUGGUGAAUUAACAGACUCAGCGCCGGUUUUACCAAGAACUUACGGGACAUUGCUUGGACCAAGCACUGCUCCGAAAAUGGAAUGGCCUGAGUUAGUAGGCCUCACCCCUGAGGAAGCAGAGAGAAAGAUCAAGGACGACAUGCCAAGAGUCCAGAUUCAGGUGGUCCAAGAUAAUUGCUUUGUUACCAUGGAUUUCAAACAUGGAAGGGUUCGAUUAUAUCUUGACCCUUCAGGAAAAGUUGAAAGGCCUCCAAGAAUUGGCUAAAUCUAACUUGUUUGCUUUCAAGAAUAAUAUUACAACGUCAUAGUUGUUAAGA